AGAAUUCUACUAUGUUUGAGCGAUCGAGCAAAGCUCCCCACCAUUUCUACCUAUAUAUGGAUGUUUAAUCUUUUGAUAAUCGAUCAAAGCAAGAUACCUUGACAUGUAUAACCAAGAUGUAGUUGAAAAUGUGAAACGUUGAAAGCGGUCAAUUUUUUAACAAACUACAUCAACAAGUUCAAUCAUGAGUAACUCUAAAAGAAAUAGUGUGAUCGAUUCUGUUCCAGAAUCCACAAAGUUGACAAAAAAAUUAGUAGUUGUGGGCGAUGGUGGAUGUGGUAAAACGUGCCUAUUAAUCGUAUUUACGAAAUAUGAGUUCCCUACCGAAUAUACGCCUUCUUUUGACAAUUUUCAAGAAUAUCAAAUGAACUUGGAUGGUGAAAAGGUCGAGCUGACCCUCGUCGACGCGAUAGAGGCUUACGACAAGCUAUACCCGCUCUACUGUCGCGACGCCGACGUGGUCUUGCUUUGCUUCUCCAUUUGCGAGCCAACCUCGCUGAGCAACGUCGUGAACUACUGGAAGCCCGAGGUAUUGGACGUCCACUGUCCAGGUGUCCCGAUCCUCCUCGUCGGCAACAAGCAAGAUCUACGCCACCAACCAAACGACAACUUCGGUCGAUUGACCUACGCCAACGACGUUCGCGUCGAACCGGUGGCCUAUGAGGGUGGUCUUGACGCGGCCCGAAGGAUCGGCGCACUGGCUUAUUACGAGUGCUCCGCGAGAACCGGGCAGGGUGCCAAGGAAGUCUUCGAGGCUGCAGCUAAAGUGGCCGUACACGCGAAGAAGGGACCAGAAAGUAGAAAGAAAAAAGGCUGUGUCCUUUCGUAACAGAGACUCGCAAAUAUGAUAAAGGUAGGCCUAUAUAUUAUAUAGCAAGUAUAUAUUACAUGGAUUAGGUAUGGGUAAUACGAUAAAUUGUAAUAAAGACAAUUCAUAUAAAGUAUAGACAUAUGUUAUAUUUAGUUUCAGACAUUAUACAAUAACGCGUAUUUCUGCUACUUACGUAAUACUCAUAUCGAUAUCUUCAGAAACAUCGAAACUCGGCUUUAGGCUUUGACGAUCAGUUAAUUUCAUCUUUUUUAUAUAUAUAAUAUAUGUAAUAAAUCUUUCCUUUUAACGUAUAGCAAGUAGCGGCUCUUUCAUUAACUCAUUUAUAUCAUUUACACAUACGAAGUAAUAAUAUAAAUUACACAUCACAUUCAGAGAGAAGCGAUAGGCCCUAUAUGCGCUCGAUAGGCCUCGCGGAGAUUUUAUUUUCGAUGUGUUGAUUAAAAUGUCGUUUAUUUUUCUGCUUUUUUCUCUUUCAUUAUAUUUUUUAUAUUAAUUUUUAAUCUUUUUGUUAAAGAAUCCUUGUGCGCCUGUUUACAAACUAGGACAACAACAUGUAUACAAAGCGCGGCUCUUUCCCAUCUAAUUGGUGUUUACUUAUUCUUUUUUUUAUAACAUAUAUUUUAUUUUUUAUUUUCACAGUACGACCGUAACGAAGUGUAUAGGAGUCUGGCUUGCGUUGACAACGAAGAGAAAUAAAAAUGAAAACAUAAAAUUGCUGUUCUUUUCAUCAUUCAACAAGGUAAAGUUAGCCAGCAGGUACGAGAGAGAGCUUUCAAACAUCGAGUCUCCGAUAUGCAAUAUUAAUACUCUACGAAUAACAUCGAGCUUGCUUAAAAGUUAGGGCCGUAUAGUCCUAUUGGGUGUUUGGUGGAGCUAAUCACAGUUGGAAUUCAUCAUUGUCGUCGUCGACGCUCAUAGUUAACGUUUUGCAAAAAAUAAAACGGUUAAAGCGUCUCUUAAGCGAUUAUCAUACGAGAAAAUUGAAAGUUGCAAAUGGCAAGCCAACGAAAGACAAUUUUUCGUUGAGAGCAAUAAACAUUUUCGAUUCUCCGCUUGAGAAUCCACUUAGGCCCAGCAGAACUAAAGGGAGAAUCACAGUUCUGUAUCAAAGGGU